AUGGCUCAUCUUCCUGUCGGCGACAGCUCCCCCUACAAGGUCGACGUCCCCCGCUUUAACUCACGCUAUCGAGAGGGGAACAUGGUUUCCGCACGGAAAAUCUUCGUGAACUACAUCGGCUCUGUUCCCCAGAUCUCCAUCGUCGACUUUCUCGACCAUUUCAUGCCACCGCAGAAGCUCGACCAAAAGCAGAUCGCAAAGGUCUCCCGAAAGCUCUGCGGGAAGUGGCACGAGUAUGGAGACGUUGACGAGCAGGUCAUCCUCGACAAGAAGGCACGCGCCACUCAAUGGGGGACGAAGCACGCCCCGUACGAUAGGAAACACAAGGUCUGGAGCGACUACGCGCAUCUCCCUCGGCAGCGCGCCGACAACGAGAAGACGGUGUACGCUGCCUUUACCGACAUGUGCGACCAAGUUAUCGCCUGCUGCAAAGCUGUUCGAGACGACCUGUCCCCGACGACGCGAUUGGUCAGCAAUGGCAACACACCGCUCAUGGGGUCGAAGCAUAACUCUGCCCCCUGCGACGCCUUCCACUACCUCAUUGGCGACCACGACCACGAGCUGGAUAUAUACGAUUGUGUCUGCAAUGUUCAGUACAAGAAGAUACUCAACGCAACUAACGUGCAAGAUAACAACUUGAAGGUCAUCUGGGACCUACAUCAGACCAUGCGAAUGGACCCGCGCCGCCGAUUUACAUUCGGAAUGACGUUUGCCGACACCACAGUGCGUUUGUGGCACUACAACCGCGAGGUUCUCGUCGUCAGCGAGGCUUUCGAUUUCAACAAGAACUUCAAGAUCCUGAUUGAUGUCUAUGCUCGCCUAUCUUUCGCCACCAUGCCGGAGCUGGGCUUCGACCCGACCAUCACUCUGCUACCUUCGUCUCCGUCUUCUGUUGCAAACACGUCACCGCGUCAAUUUCGCAUUGCGGUUGAUAACGUGUUCUAUAUUGCGACGCAGGUAUUGGCCGACUUCUGUCCAGAGGACGGUUUUGGCCGCUGCACUCGCAUAUUCUCUGCGUAUAAGGAGGGCGAAAGUGUCGACAAGACGUUCGUCAUCAAGGAUUGCUGGGUCGAAGCGACGCGCGAUACAGAAUUCACAACUCUGAAACUCAUCGAAGCAGACAUCCUUUCCUUCGACUGGCAGAGGAAAUGUCACCCGCCCCUAGAUGACGUCGAGGACCUUGCCUCGUAUAAGUCCGACCGCAUCGUAGACCCUCUUUAUGGGAAGCUAACCCCAGAAGAGCGCACACGGUUCUUCGUGCCUAUAAUCAAUGGCGUGGAGGUGGCAGUCAAUGGUCGCCCAGACGAUACACAAGAUGUCAUUGCAAAUGGGUACGAGUUUCCGAACCAUCGCAACAUGUUCUGCGUGGACAGCGACUCGGUCAUGCAAGAUGGCUCGAGAUACAUCUCGAUCUGGCAGGGCACCGUUGGAAAUGAAGCCGAUCUAGCGAAGCCGCGAGAGGUCGUCGGCUGCUUUUUUCGCCCUAUAGUCCGGCGCAAGCAUCAUCGUCUCGUCAUGGAGAAGGGUCUACCGCUAUCCCAAAUCAAAGAAGCGAGAAAGGCAUUUAGUGUGGUAUCGGAUGCAGCCUAUGGCUUGUUCAUCUUGCACUGUAUAGGCUGGCUUCACCGAGACAUCAGCGCGGAUAAUAUACUACAGAUGCCCAAUGGGAGGGGUGUCCUGGCGGACCUGGAAUACACGAAACGGGCCAGUGACCCGCGGACGCGCAGCUUCCGGACGGGUACGCCCGACUUCCUCGCCAUCGAAGUCGCCUAUCGUCAGUAUCUUAACGCAGCGUCAGACGCUGACGACGUGAUGUUCCGCGUCAAAGCGGAAGCGACGGACGGAGAUCCAGAUACCUUGCCAUGGCGAUUCCGGGAUACUCACGACCUGGAGUCGAUAUGGUGGCUCUGUCUGUGGUUGCUCUUCCAUCACACCAAGAAACGACGUCCCGCCGGUUACGAUCUCCUCGCGCAAUCAGACACAUGCAAUGAGCUUUUUCCCGGGGUGCUCAAGGUUACGCAGAGGCGCCGCGAACUUCUGACCGAGAAGCAGAAGUUGGCAGUGGCCAUGCGUACCCUUCCGCCCGACUGGGCAGCAGCGCUCGAGGGUUACCUCACUGCCGUACGCAAUAUCUUGCGCAACUCAUACAAACCGGAAAAGCGUGGCCGGCCGCUUCAUCCGGGGACUUGGUGGAUGGUGCACAAUAUGUGCAUGGCGGGGACGGCCAUCAAGGACGACCUGGUCUGGAUAACGCGGAACGAAGUCGACCGGCUGAAGGAACGCGCUCGAAAAGCACAGCUGAAGGCAGCACAACAGAGGCUCGGGGUUGCGGGCCCAGGCGAGGUGGCGGACAAAGGCGACGACGUCACGAUGACAGACGCUCCCGCUCGUGAGGACCACGGCUAUCGUCGCUCGACGGGCAAGCGCAACAAGCGCAAGACGCGCGACGAACUGGGGUCCGUUCACGACGCGUCUUCGAAUGACGAGGAUGGUUCGCCUCGCAAGCGGGCCAAGCGCGGGAAGCCGUCCAAAGGUAAUAACGAGCCUCGUUCCUCCGAUAAGGAGGAGUCCCGGCCCUCCAGGCGGGACGCGUCUCAUUCCUCUAAUAGGAACGCAUCUCGUUCUGGCGGUAAGCACGCUGCUCGCCGGGAUGGUACGCGAGGAUGA